AGUUUCCAGCCUCCAGAAGCUGAAGCGACGGUGACGGCGACGCCUCAGCCUCGGGGCUCUGGCUUCCUGCCCCGUCCGUCCCGCCCGCGGGCCAUGGAGCUCCGAGCAACGGAUGGGGAGCAGCCGGCGCAUCCCCUCUUGCCCUCCAGGUCCCUGGCUCCUCCGAUCCCUUCCCAGCCUGAUCCCUGGAGGCAGCAGCCACCGGGCUGCUGAGCGGCAGUGUCAGCAUGAAGGCUCCGGGUCGGCUCCUGCUCAUCGUCCUCUGCUCUGCGGGCUUCUCGGCUGUCUACAUCCUGCUGUGCUGCUGGGCCUGCCUGCCCUUCUGCCCGGCCGCCUGCCUGGACCCCCACCUCUCUAUCAACUCCAGGCCCACCGUGCCGGGGCCUCUGCACUUCAGUGGCUACAGCAGUGUGCCAGAUGGGAAGCCGCUGGUCCGAGAGCCGUGCCGCAGCUGCGCCGUGGUGUCCAGCUCAGGCCAGAUGCUGGGCUCGGGCCUGGGCGCCGAGAUCGACAGUGCGGAGUGUGUACUGCGCAUGAACCAGGCGCCCACCGUGGGCUUCGAGGCAGACGUGGGCCAGCGGAGCACCCUGCGGGUCAUCUCCCACACGAGCGUGCCUCUGCUGCUGCGAAACUACUCCCACUACUUCCAGCAGGCCCGCGACACGCUCUAUGUGGUGUGGGGCCAGGGGAAGCACAUGGACCGGGCGCUGGGCGGCCGCACCUACCGUGCGCUGCUGCAGCUCACCAGGAUGUACCCUGGCCUGCAGGUGUACACGUUCACCGAGCGAAUGAUGGCCUACUGCGACCAGGUCUUCCAGGAUGAGACAGGCAAGAACCGGAGGCAGUCCGGGUCCUUCCUCAGCACCGGCUGGUUCACCAUGAUCCUCGCCCUGGAGCUGUGUGAGGAGAUCGUGGUCUACGGGAUGGUCAGCGACAGCUACUGCAGGGAGGAGCAUCACCCCUCGGUGCCUUACCACUACUUUGAGAAGGGCCGGCUGGAUGAGUGUCAAAUGUACCUGGCGCAUGAGCGGGCGCCCCGCAGCGCCCACCGCUUCAUCACCGAGAAGGCUGUGUUCUCUCGCUGGGCCAAGAAGAGGCCCAUCAUCUUCGCCCAUCCAUCCUGGAGGAUGCAAUGGCCCCAUCGCCACAGCGCCAUCACCAGGCCUCUGUUGCAGCCACACCCCGCCAAAAACACUUAAUUUAUGGAUCCUGUCUCCUGCCAUGUGCCGAGCGGACCUGAGUUCCCUUCCAGCCAUACCCUUGGGGACACGUGGAGCCAUCUCAGGCUUCUAGACUUGGGGAGAGAGGAGGAGGCCUCUGGUGACCUUGACAGCCUCCUCCCCACCCCUGCUCCCUGAGCAGUCUGAGUCGUUUUCAAAUUCUUCCCACCUCUGAGUCUGUCCAGUGACCUUUGCCCUGGGGGCUGGUGGCCCCCAGUCACCAGCACUAUGAAUUUUGACCGAGCACUAGCCCUGGUCCUUCCUCUCUGCAUUCCCUCUCCACCUGCUUUUGGUGCCACACUUCCCAGGCUGGUUGCCCUCGGUGGGGCAGCCUCGAGUUUGGGGUUCAUUGGGUGAGGGGGGGAGCCUUUGAACUGUGACUGCCAGGGCCACCUCUGGAGUGUACGGGUAAAUGUGUUUUCUGG